UGGUUCUCACAGAUUCCGAGUUGUGUAGGUAUAGGAGGGCGGAGAACAUCUGCACCUGUUGCUCCUCCCCUGCUCUCAGCACCUCCUCCAUAGCCAUGACUCUCCUCUCGGCCGUCAGUCUCUCUGUAUCCGCAGAUGAGGCAGCAUGUCGUCCAUCAGCUCAGUGAUCCACCAGGCCACCAGCUGCCUGUGUGACAGCAGGGGGUCCAUGCAUCUGCAGCAGCUGCAGCAACAUCUGCAGGAUCGCUGCCGACUCUCAGAUGGAGACUUCAUCUACAUCAUCCAGGGCUGUCCGCAGCGCUUUCUGCUGGUCCCCGAGGGGAAGUCCUACACGGUGGUGGGCCGUACCUCCCUGCGGCUCUGCAGGACUUACAGCCGGGGAGAUCGGUGCGAAGGAAGCUGUCAGCAGCUGCACCUCUGCAAGUUCUACGUCUUUGGGAACUGCAGGUUCGGAAAGGGCAGGAAGCUAUGUAAACUAUCCCACGAUGUCCACUCAGCUCAUAAUUUUGCAUUACUGAGAGAGUGCACACUGCACGAGCUGAAGGACAAUGAGCUGUUCCUGCUGCUGCUGCAGAACGACCCGCAGCUGCUGCCUGAGGUGUGUUUCCACUACAACAAAGGCUCAGCUCCUCAUGGCUGCUGCAGCUUCCAGGAUUCCUGCACCAAAGUUCACCUGUGUCAGCACUUCGUUCAGGGAGACUGCAUGUUCGGACACAAGUGCAAGCGACAGCACGCUAUCGACCGGCACGGUCAGAGGAUCCUGGAGGAGAGAGGGGUGAGCAGGGACAUCAUCAAAGACCUGUCGAUUAUCUACAGGAACAUCCAAUACCUCAGAGCCGCUGCUGCAUCACCUGGAACUGCAUCACCUGCUGCAGACAACACAGAUGCUGCUUGGUUCUGUAAAGCAGCUCAGACAGACGAGACUGAGGAAAUCUGUCUGUACUUCAUCAGGAACAGCUGCAGGUUCCAACAAAACUGCCGCCGGGUUCACUUCCACCUUCCUUAUAAGUGGGAGGUCUAUGACGGCACCAACUGGUCAGAUCUGGAGAACAUGGAGGAGAUUGAACAGGAUUACUGCAACCCUGCAAGUACCUGCAGCUCAGAUUAUCAGCAGGUGGACUUUGUGACAAUGACAUUGGAGUCAAUGCCCGUCCGCCGCCUCUCCACGGUCUCCUCAGUGAUGAAGCCGCCUCACUACAGUCUUACGACUCAGUGGUUGUGGUACUACAAGGGGGACCAGGGGGACUGGGUGAAGUAUGGACAGCUGGAAGAGAAGCAGCUAUCAACGUCAGUGACAUCCCAGACUUUAGAGGAAGCCUUUCUGUCUGGAAAAAAGGCUGAAGUUGAAGUGAUAAAGGGCCGGAGGGUUUAUGUUGUUUCCUUCAAAGACAUGUACCAGAGGAAUCCCAAACAAAAAACAAAACGGAGAGUCUGCCGCCGUCCCCGCUUCGUCUCCAAGGCUGAGGUGGACAAACUGGUGGCUAAUCCGCGGAAGUGUUCCGGAUAAUUGCCUUUCCUGUGGUUUCUGGUUUCAGGUUGUCUGUAACCAUGGAUCAGAUGGACAGAGUCUGCAGCUCCAUAUGACAAUCAAACAUAUUUGACACCACCAAACAGGAAGCUUACCUCCUGUUCAUAAUCAGGUGGAUUCCGUUUUUGUUGUUUUUAGUUGCAGAAAAGCUCUUGGCAUUUAGAUUUAGCCUCACCAGUUAUCUUCAAUUAGAGCAAAAGCUUAUUGAAAUCUUUUUCUUGCAUGUUGAGCUGUCUCUUCUCCUCAGCAGCAACUGGCAUCUCAGCUUAGUGUUUGAAUCAUCUGGUUUGUGCCGGUGGUUGUAGAACACAGGCUGAGCUGGUCUCCAUCAUUUAAAGGACUCAGAUAACUAAUGAUUCAUCAGAAAGCAUGAAGAGAGACGGGCUCAUAUCUGGAACUAGGCAUGUUGUGUAGAAAGCACUGACGAGUUGCUGAAGCAGGAAACAUUUAGUUUGCUCAGAAAAUGGAUUAAAAAGAAAAGUUCUUCCAGACUGAACCUAAAGACUGGUGUUAAUAAUAAAUAUUUUUGCAUGAUGUUUCAUUACCUCAAGUGGCAUUACUUACAGCUGAUAUUGCACUGGAUGGACUAGAUGCUGCUGUCUGCUAUUUUUUAGCAUUAUUUUGUAUUUUUUCAUGAAAAAUAGAUUUUUCUUGCUGUUUGCACUUUCAGAAGCUUUUAUGUUAUUCUGUUAUGUCAGAGCCGGUUUCUGUAACAUGUUUGAUAUGAACAUGGAUGGCUCAUCCUCAUGUAUCAAACAUCCAAUGAUUUGUUGUAAAUUUCUCACCUUAUUAUUGAGUAAAACCUUUGGUUUUC